AGCGCUAGUGGCGAUAGUAGGGUAGUAUCGUGGUAUCGUGUAUCUGUAGGUAGCAUCUGUAGAUGGGGAUCUAGAGAUAGUAAAGCUGUCGUUUUUGACGUGAGUUUCCGCGUUCGUUAAAUAAAGCCGUCAAAUCAGAGAAACGCGAGUCGUGGUGCAGCAUAAUCGAAAGCAUCGAAAAUUCUGGUGUUGUAUUAAGUGUGUUUGCUGCAUUUCUUUAUGCUCGUGCAAGACCGCUGUGUUCAGUUUUUGACGCCGCACAGUUUUCAUUCAUUCGAGGUUUAACUAAAUUUUAUCUACUUUACAUAUUUAGUUUCCCUUUUGAGAGCCCCAUUCAUAUGUCAAAUUCGUGGCUACGUUUACAAAUUUCAGUUUUAUGAAAAAAAUUUAAAAAGUAUGACAUUAAUCAUGUGAUCCAUGAAGCAGAGUAAGAAAAAUAUGAAUGUUUUAGGCUACUGUAAAUGCCUCCAACAUAUGUAAUUUAUUUCCUGCUGCAUUCCUGAUUUCUGACUAAACAAUAUUCAUUUAGUGCAGCAUCAUUCAUUUGUAAGUGAAGAACGUGCCAGUGUUAUCAGACUUUGGCCUGUACCUUCUUUUGCUGCGGAAGAGAGAUAGUCACAGGAUGAAUGUAAUCAAACGUGAACCUGAUUCAGGUAAUGAGCUGUUCCCAGUGUAUUCAGCAAUAAGAACGAACUUGCUGCUGUGAAACAUCAAGAGAACACUGUGAACUGGGAAACUCAGUCCCAUUUGAACACAGGAAAUGAUGGAUGAUUCAGGCACCAACCCUGAUCCAGUAACUGGAGUUUGUGAUGAGAAGUCAGUUAAUAGUAAAGGACUUCUUGAUCCUGUUGCUUUUGUUGCAGUUAAGGCUGAAAUAACAGACGAGCUGUGGGGUGUUAAUGAACUCAAGCAAGAGAUUAAGGCUGAAGUAACAACAGAGGAAUACGGAUUGUUGCCUCAGGGGUAGCAAGCUGGAGUCCUGUUUCCUACCAUAUUGGGAAGCAAAUGAGGUCCAAUGUAAAGACCAGCUGAAUGAUCCGAGGAACUGGAACAUGAUCCCAUCCCUGAAUUCAGUUGCACUUCAUGAUGUAGUGGACCAGCAACUUGUCAGAUUCACAGGGAUGAUCCAGGACAUGCAGAACCCUGAAAUGUACCUUGAACAGUAUGAGGUGCAGGACAGCAUUACCAAGCAGACAACAGUCAAGAUGGGCAAAUACCGGGAUAUACCAGCCUGCGGCCCAGAUGAGGUAUUCAUAGACGAUUCAAGAAGUAAUGUGCAUAGGGAACGGCAGGUGCUGUGCUGCAUAUCGAUUCCUGCACUCAACCCUUGGGUGAAGCAGCUUCUUGCCACGGGCACAGACAGACACACUGAAGUGAAACCAUUGCAACAUGAGAAUAAGCGCGCUUAUUCAGACGAGUCAGCCAGCAGCAACAAAGCACUCAGCAGUAGUAUCAGCCCACCAGGAACCAGUGUUAAACGCGUGUGUUGCGAUAAGAAACAUGUUCCAAGGAACGUAAGGUGUGAUACGGAACUGCACUUACCACUACCUGAAUCCCAAGCUAAGACUUGUUUGGUUAAGGUGUAUGAUAGUGACCCAGCCCUUGCCCUGAAUGACAUGAUUGAAGUGGUUGGCUUUUUAUCCGUGGACCCGAGACUGUGUUUGAUAUCUGAGGAAAUGGAGGAUGAGGGAGCCCAGUUUCACAACCUACCUGGAUCUCUUGUUCCGAGGCUGCAUGCUGUGUCUGUCCGAAAGCUGAAACACAACAAUCCUCUCUUGGAACUUAAUUUUUGCAGUUCAGCAGAUGAGGUCUUGGGAUUGGCCAGAUUGGUGCGGCAGGAUCUGCAUCUGGUGCUGAGUCAGGUGCUGUUGGGAGACCACCUGGCUGCCAACUACUUCAUUUGUCACCUGAUUUCUUCCGUGUUCCAGCGCAGUGAGCUGCUAGCCCUGGGUCAGUUGAGCCUGAACAUUUCCAAUGUUGUGUGUGGUCAUGGUUACACCGAAAAGCUGUACACAGUGCUCAGACAACUGGUGACAAAGAGCCACUAUCAGCCUCUAACAAUUGAGAAUUUGAAUAAGUGCACCUUCACACCAAAGAAGGACUACGAUGCCAACAGACUUGUAAGUGGUAUACUUCAACUCAGCACACAAACACAUCUUGUCCUUGAUGAAACGUGCUUGGAACCAGGUCAGCUGGACUCAAAUGGUGUACAUAAUGUGGCAGCACUGGGCACACUCAUCUCUCAGCAGAAAGUGGACUACGACUUCCAGUUCUAUAAGUUGGAGUUCAAAGCUGAUGUGCCUGUUCUGGUGCUCUCUGAAGGGAAAUCACUAUUGCCAAAUGAUGUGGCAGUCCCCCUGGAACCUGAUUCGAAAUGCUUGGAAACUUGGAAUGAGAUUUUUGAAGCUGUGAACCACUAUCUCCAGGAGCCAGUGUUGCAGAGAUUGCGGAAAUAUCUCACAGCCGUGCGUUUAUUGGAAUACUGCUUGCCACAGGACCUGGAGCAGGUGAUUCAGGAUGACUUUGUGAGGCUCAGAAGAGAGACAGACACAAAAACUUCAGCUUCUGAUCUGCAUCUGCUGCUUGUUCUCUCCAGGUUGGUGUCACUGAGUCAAGGUGAAGGGACCCUGUCCAGGGAAUCUUGGGACCUGGCAUGCAGCAUGGAGAAACAGCGAAAGCAGCGAAUAAAUGGACGAGUUCAUCAACCAUGAAUGCAUUGUGUAUGGCCAUGCUACAGUGCAGGGUAUGGACUGCAGAUGGUGCAGUGUUGACACAGUUCCAAACUGUAAAGCUGAAAUGUACCUUGAACCUCAGGUAUCUGUAGAGUAUGUUUUGAAAGCAGUGAUGUUACUGAGCCUGCAAGCGCUUUAUAUGGGUCUAGAUUUUGCACUCCUUAUAUUACAGUUACCAUAACGUAAUAUACUGGCUGAAACAUCUCUUGAGAGUGGUUCAUUGUCAGGUGGUGUAGAUGGUUAUGCCAUCAUUAGACAGCUUCCUUGUUAAAGUAAGAUGUAUUGAAAUGGGAUGUAAGUUACCAAGUACAGCUCAUUUAUUUUCGUAAGUUCAUUGCACGUUGUUGAAACCCUGACGUGUUUCAGGAUUAACAGACCAUAUUCAGGGUGUGCACGGUAUUGAAGGAAAUUUUAUGAAUUGUAUACAGAAAGGUCCAAAAGUCAGUUAACUUUAAACAUUCUCUUAUAUUGUUCAAAAUGUUCAGAUUUAAACCUGCCAUUGAAUUAGCAGAGUGGUAUCACAGUGUUGGGAGUUGUACGUUGAACAUGGAAGAUCUUAUUUUUGUAAAUUCAGUAAGUAAUAAAGGAAUUUGUAAUGUAUUUAAGUGUACAUUUUACUAACCAGUUAACUUACUUUUGGUUUUUUAACUGUAUGAUCAAAUUUAUAUAAAUAUGAGAUGCACCAUAAUUAUUCGUGUAAUUCUUUCCCCCCUUCCCUGCAUAUUUUUGAACCCCAAAAUGCAGGAGGGUAACAUUAUGUAAAGUUUAUUUUUAAUCUAAAGUAAAAAUAGUUUCUUGCUGACACUUUUAAUCUAAAGUAAAAAUAGAUUCUUGCUGACACAAAAAUAACACAUACUGCUGCCAAGUUUACAAAAAAAAAAACAUUUAUUAAUAAAACUAUAAGAAUUUUGGUCUUGUGUCUGUUAUGAUCGAAGUGGCACUGGCAUGCGACAAUAUGUGGAAGAGCACAAGGGAUCUAGUUGCGUUGAGUUGACGUUGAUACCCUGAGAAGGGCAGAAGGGUAAACCAUGGUAAAUUGUAGAACUGUAUAAUAAUUCAUGAUUUAUUUACAUCCAUAAACUGUUACACAAGUACUACAAUUUGACAAGUCAGUUUAACCUUUAAUGUACUGACUUUUAAAUUGCCAGCAGCCCUGUACUGCCAGAAUUUAAAUGGCCCCAAGUCUUUAACAUUGCAGACUCAGA